CCCCGGCGCCGCCCGCCCGGGCGGGGAGAGAGCGAGGGGAGCCGCUCCUGCCCCGGCCUUUGCAUAGCGGGCACCGCUUCCGAGCGCGGCUUCCUCCUCCUCCUCCUCCCUGCCCGGCACCGCGAGCAUCCCCAGCGCGCCGAGCAGGACAGGCGGCAGGGCCCGGGCUGGUGCUUCUCAGUGAAGAGAAGAUAAUUCAGAGAGACCAGAGAUGCCUUGGCCGAGCAAAAAGAGAGACAAAGGAGCAGUAGCAGAUAAAAAAGAGCCUGAUGCUAAAAUUGCCAAAACCGAGGAGGAGAUUUCAGAUAAGGAGGAAGAAGAGAAGUCUGCAAAAAAUCCAGCUGGGAGCUCCAAGUCAGGAUGGAAGAACUGGAAGAAAAAAGAAUCUGAGCCUGGUGGAGAGGAAAGCAAGAUCACAUAUUGUCACUGGCUGCUGAAAUCAGAACCUGAGAGCAGGCUGGAGAAGGGGGUGGAUGUGAAGUUCAGUGUCGAUGACUUGAAAGCUCAGCCUAAUCAGACAACCUGCUGGGAUGGAGUGAGGAACUACCAGGCAAGGAAUUUCCUGAGAUCCAUGAAACUUGGGCAGCAGGCCUUCUUCUACCACAGUAACUGCAAAGAGCCUGGCAUUGUGGCCCUUGUCAAGAUCGUGAAAGAGGCGUACCCUGAUCACACACAGUUUGAUCAGAAGGAUCCUCAUUAUGACUCCACCAGCAGAAAAGAGAACCCCAAAUGGUCCAUGGUGGAUGUGCAGUUUGUGAGGAUGACCAAGCGCUUCAUCCCCCUGUCUGAGAUCAAGGCUCACCACCUGGCACACAAAGCUGAUGGGGGGCCCCUCAAGGACAUGAUGCUCUUCAGCAGGCAGCGCCUGUCCAUCCAACCCCUGACACAAGAGGAAUUUGAUUUUGUCUUGAGCCUGGAAGAGGAAAAGCCACAUUAAAGCAGCACAGCUCCCACCCAGCCCGCUGAUGCCUCCUCCUCCACCAGCACAACUCUCAAGUUCACCUGCUCAAGCAGAGCACCACGAAUGUGCCCACACAAGAUCCGCAGCCACACGUCCCUUCCCUGACACGCUGUUAUUUUUGCUUAUUUUUUCAAUAAAUAAAGCCUUUUGGAAUCGA